UUUCGCGACUUUGUGUUGUGUGUGCGCAUUUCGUGAUAAAAAGUUGUGCAUAAAAUUACAAAAAAAAAUAAAUGCUUAAAAUUUUUGAUUAUUAAAAAUUUACACUUUCUGCGUGUGUAUUAAUAUAAUAAAUUUGCAAAAUUAAUACACGUCAAAAUUAAAAUACUCAUUAGUGGUUCCAUUAAAAACAAGAUUUCUUGAUCUCGACUUCUUCUUCUUGCUGUUGUUGUUGUUGCGCCUUCUUGUGUUGUGUGCUAUGUGUAAAUGCCACUGGAAAUUUUGACAUUAAAACAACUACAAAAAAAUAAAAACAAAAAAACACGGUUGCGGAGUAAAAUCACAUUACACUAAGUGAAAAUGGGUACAAAAAUCGAAUAUGUCGAUACGACUCACUUAUACGCCACAAAAUACAUUAGGAAUUCAAAGGCAAUUGCCGUUCUCUGGACCAUUUUUACAAUUUGCUAUGCGAUUAUAAGCAUCGUAGCGUUUGUGACGCCAGAAUGGGUUGGUGAUCCAGAUAAUGAGAGCGCAGGGCGUUUAGGCCUUUGGCAGGUGUGUCAGAAAGAUGAAAUAUUCGAUAAUUGUAAGAGACGAUGGGAAAAUAUACUUUCAGUGCCAACGUUUUCAUUUCAAUUGGCUACAUUAUUUAUGGCGGCCGCUGUGGCCCUGGCCUUGCUCACUAUCUGUUUCUUAAUUUUUUUGAUUUUCAUGAAGUCAACUAAAGUAUUUCACAUUUGCGGUUGGAUGCAGAUUAUAUCAGCAAUAUGUAUGAUUGUCGCUUGUGCUGCUUUCCCCUUCGGUUGGAAUUCAGAUGAUUUUCGCAAAAUUUGUGGUCCAGAUGCAAAUCGGUUUGAAUUGGGUUUAUGUGGCAUUCGCUGGGCAUACCCGUUAGCAAUAAUUGGUUGUGUUGAUGGAGUUGUUCUAGCUACACUUGCCUUCAUAUUAGCCACCAGACACGUACGCCUGCAGCCAGACCCAUUAUAUCAAAGUUCAUUGUAUAAAGUCUAUUCCACAGGUGAAAUCAAUAACGCGUAUAUAACAGAUGCAGUUAGUUUAGCGGGAUCGAGGAAAUCAUUAAAUUUACAACCCAUUUUGCUAGUAGCACCACCGCACAAUGUUACACUAUAAAAUUUUGUAAUUUAUUUUAAUGAUACUAUUAUAUGUUAUUUUUAUUUAUUUAUAUUUUAAGCUUGUUCGUUUAAUGUUAAUUUCGCUAUUUUGAACGAAAUUUUUACUAUUUUGUAUUUUGGUUUUAAACUUUGGUAAAUUAUAUGAAGAAUUAUAGCUUUCAAACUGUUAGUAUUUAAUUAAUGACUCUUAAACUGUAUUCCUUGAAAUUUCAAACUGUACAUCUGGCAUUCAAAGUGUAUCUCAGUUGGAUCAUGUAAAAAUUAAACUAAAAGAAAUAAAUAAAAUGAAAUUGUAAAUAUUUUAAAU